GCUUAUUCCUCACAGCAAUUAAGAAUACUCCACCUUUUCACUUGGAUUGGAGAACUUGGUGGUGGUUUAUAGACGUUAAUAUUUGUUAUGAUACUUUGGGAUUUUUAAACACGUGUCAAGAUGGAGGAGACUCAGAUCUACAGCCAGCGCCUACAUGGAAUCACGGAGAAGCGCAGGAUCCUGAGUGAGGUGGACAGAAUCCAGAGGGAGCUCGACCAGCAGAGAGUUAAACUGCAACAGUUAAAGAGAAAGUCCCUACGAGAUCGCUGGUUGAUGGAUGGCCUGGUCCCUACAGCAGGAGUAGAAGCAGAGAAUCCAUUGAGUGAGACAGAAGGUCAUAUAAAGGACCUCGAACUACAGCUUGAAAGUCUUCAAUCAGAACUGGUGUAUCUGGAAAACCCACAACUGAAGCCUUUGAAAGUAGCGAAAGUCCAGGAUAUUACGGCGCACAAGGAACUUGUGAAUGGUGAAAGAAGCCUAAAACAAGUUGAUCAAAACGAAAAUCUGAAAGAACAUCCAAUUACAGAAGAAGGCGACCAACCUCGUGGCAGUCAUGGAGAAAAGCUCACUGUAUCCCAAAAAGACCCCACCUCUAGCACAGAGAAAGAGGGGCGUCCUGUCCCGACUCCUCGAUCUAAAAAUGCAUCAGUAAAUCAUAAAGCCGAACACAACCCGGAUGUAGAACUUUCAGACUCAAAGGAACCUGAUGAUAAACAGACACAUCCAAGCCAAAAUGUGGAUGGUUUUGUUCAAAAAGAUGCAGAUGGUAGCCACAAUAUUCUCAAACAAGAAAACGAAAUACAAAACUUAGGACACAGCCAGGAACUUCAAGAUCGGAAAGGAGAACAUCAGGAUCCAGGUGGAAAUCCUCAAGUCAACCUGGAUGAAGAUACCGUUGAUAAAGUCCAAAGUAUUCCAAACCAGAAGCUUGAUUCCCUGGGGAAUACUUUGGAGCAGGAAGACCAAAACUUAAGGAGCCCUACAAAGGAAUUGGAAAGUGUUGGUCAGAUAACAGAUGACUCCCAAGACUUGAACAACGAUCUGUUCAAACCUAAUGAGAACGGCACGGAAUCGCUACUGGAUGAAAUUACAAAACUGGUAAAUCUUGGAGACCAACAAAGAGCCGAUCAACAGAACCAGGAUGGUGGCAAGCCAUCAGCCGAUCAACAGAACCAGGAUGGUGGCAAGCCAUCAGCCGAUCAACAGAACCAGGAUGGUGGCAAGCCAUCAGCCGAUCAACAGAACCAGGAUGGUGGCAAGCCAUCAGCCGAUCAACAGAACCAGGAUGGUGGCAACCCAUCAGCUGAUCAACAGAACCAGGAUGGUGGCAACCCAUCAGCUGAUCAACAGAACCGUGAUGGUGACAAGCCAUCUAUAUCUAAGGAACCGCUCAACCCAGAUUCACAGAUUCACAAAAGUGAAGAUGAUGGCCAGAAUCUGGGGGAAGGCAAAUUUUCAGUUUUGAUUAGCCAUGAGCAAGGUCACGCCGCAGAUGAAGCGCUUGCAUUGUCUUUAGAGACCGAAAGAGCACAUCCUGUUUUACUGGACAUCCAAGAGGAAGCAGAGAAGCCUGUGGCAGUUUGCACCAAGUUUGAGACACCAGAUGGCUUAAAUCAAGGCUCAAUAUUGCAUUUUGAGGACCAGACUCCGGAUUCAGCAUCCAAGCCUUUAGAAAACGCUCAGAGCUCAGUGCUGCCACCUAGUGACCAGGAGGUAUGCACAACACUGCCAUGUAAAGACCAAAUUCCCAGCCAGUCACUGUUAUCUGAAGGUCAAGUUAACCAAGCUCAGAUAUCUCAAGUCAUAGUGGUAACUCCCUCAGGACACGAGCAACGCUCUUCUAAUUCUCCACAAGGCCCUUCGGCCUCCAACCAGCCUGGGACCAGAGAAACCAGCACUGCCCCUGAAAGCCAGCCCCUAUUACAAAAAUCUCAAGAGACUGAUGCCAACCACGGGGCCAACACAGCCGAGACACGGGAUAAGAGCACGCCGACGAAAAAGAAGACAUGCCAGUGUUGCGUGGUCAUGUGAGAUGAACAAUGAUGCAGGAGAGUUUCAGAAACACCCUAAACAUGAUCCAUGACAGUUGUGAGCAAACCCAACGCGGAUAAAUAGUGUGUAUAUAGGUCAGGGAACUGUAACAUACAUUAUAUAGAAGAAUGAUCUCUCAUUUAUAGAAUUUUUAAUCUAGCAUUGGUCUAACUUUUUUUUUUUU